CCGUGUUUAAUUGAGGAUUGUCUUGGAUUAGCUGUUUGAGAAAGCCUUAAUCUGUUUGAGUCACUGAGACACAGUUUAUGAGAGAAGAGCUGAGGCUAAUCACAGAGAGUGCCUGUGCUAGUUAACCUGAGAGAGACGUUCGUGGAAAAGCAGAUCUCUUUGAGCAAAGACCUGGGGAUGGACAGCAAGGCUGUGAAAGACUUACAGAGUGAGGAAGACAUGGAGCAGGAAAUGUCCUCUGAGAAAGAGGAGGACAGUGAACCAGAGGAGGAAGACGAAGCCGAGGAGGAUGAGGAGGAAGUGGCAGGAAUGCAGGGCAGAGGGGAUCUGAGGGACAUGGAGGUCUGGAAUGGGUUUAUUUCGGGAGCAGGACUUGCAGCUGAAGAGGAGACGCUGCUGGACUGGAAGCCAGGUGACCCUGUGACCCCUCAGUAUGUCCUCAGGCUACCAGGAUACACAGACGACUACCUGUGCUCCCCAGAAGACAACAUCUACAACAUUAGCUUCUCACGGUUCAAAAUCAGAGACCUGGAAGGUGGAUCGGUCAUUCUGGACCUAAAGCGGCACUGUCCGACAGAAAUAAAGGAUGUCAUAGAGCUGGAUGCAGGCCGUUUCAUUCAGUAUCAUUUCAGUCCUGCUUUUCUCAGUCUCAGAGAGAUUGGAGCCACGCUUGAGUUUACAGUGGGUGGUAAGGCAGUCAACAAGUUUCGGCUGAUUGAGAAGCAUUACUUCAGGGAUCUGCUGCUGAAGACGUUUGACUUUGAGAUCGGUUUCUGUAUCCCACACAGCAGAAACACCUGUGAACACAUUUACUGCUUACCAGAUCUGGAUGCACACACAAUUGAGGAGAUGAUCAACCACCCUUUUGAGACACGCUCAGACAGCUUCUACUUCGCAAAUAACACACUAAUCAUGCAUCAUAAAGCAGAGUACUCCUUCAAGCAGUGAGAACCAAACCUAAACAUCAAUCAUAAAAUAUGGCAGCAGAAGACAUAUGCAGAGUAGUGCUGUAUAUUUGGUUUCAUAAACCAUAAACUAUAGGAAAAGGCAUUUCUUUGUUACUUUCCCGAUGUUUGUGCUAGAGAGAUGUUGUGUUGCUUGCACACUAAUAAAAAGACCUUUAUCAGAGAACAUGCUGGUGAUUUGAUGUUUUGUCAACUCAGCAAGAAUAGAUGAGAUAAAGGGAAGCCCUAAUGAUUAAGAGAACAAAUAUCUUGAGGAUCCAUAAUAUGCAUGGCUUAUUUAUUUAUUGCAAUUAAUGUUUGCAUUUAUUCAUUCACUUACUCCAAAGCUCAUAGCAUCCUGUCUUUUUUUUUUUUAUCUGUGAAGUUAGUGAAAAUGUCCACUGGCUGCACACUUGAGAAUCUCAACUGAUGGGUAAUAUAGAGACUGUUUGUCUGUUUCUUGAAUACUGUGUAUU